UCGGUCUCUGGGCGGACUCUUGUCCGUGCGACAACAAUAUCAGACAAGCAGGAUGCGGACGCAGCGCUGUACCAAGCGAUAUCAGAGCUUCCACAGCCGAACCGUGAAACCCUAGCCUUCUUAGUUCUCCACCUGCAGCGCGUGUCAUCCACACCGGAGUGCAAAAUGCCGAUCAGCAACUUGGCCAAGGUGUUUGGACCUACCUUGGUGGGCUACAGUUCCCAGGAGCCGUCUGCGUCGUCAAUGCUCUCGGAAACAAAGACCCAGGCCGCGAUUGUUGAGAGUUUGUUAAAAAUUCCCUCAGAUUACUAUGCGAAUUUUGUAAACCCUGAUUGUAUGAACAACAUCGGGACUCCCCAAUCCGGGGAACUCAAGCACACGCCAUCUACAGAGUCUCUGUUGAAACGCACCGCUACUAAAGGGUUCUUCAACACUCCUCUGGCUUCCAGUCGGACAUUCUUGAGGAAAAAUAGAAAAUAUUUUGCCACACCGCCUCAUAAUAAUAAUAUUUAAAUUUUUCUCUAAAAUAA